AUGGGAAGUUUGGUUUAUCUCACAGUUAUUUGUCCGGAUAUUGCUCAUGUUGUUCAUGUUAUCUGUCAGUUUGUUACUGAUCCUACCUCCAUUCAUUGGGGAGCUGUACUCCGUAUUUUGAGAUAUCUUCAUGACACUCAGUUUCAAAACCUCUUGUUUCCCUCGGCGUCUUCUCUAGAGUUACGUGCCUAUGAUGAUUGGGUUGGCGAUCGUUAUGAUCGUAAAUCCACCACCAGAUUUUGCGUAUUUCUUGGAGAAUCUCUCAUUUCAUGGAAGAACAAGAAACAUGACGUUGUCUUCAGAUCUUCCACGAAGGCUGAGUAUCGUGCUAUCACUAUGACUACAUGUGAGAUUAUCUGGUUACGGUGGUUGCUGAUAUGA